AUGGGGUUUAGGAAAAUAACGAGGUCCUCGCUAUGUAAUUCCAGACAAAUCGUCGGAGGAAUGUCCAGCGCCCAACUUCUUCCGCCGUCACAGCCAGCCUCUCAUCAUUUCGCAUUCAUGGGCCACAGAAGCGUUGACCUGGAACGGGGUCGACGAGUUCGACGUCGUCUCUUCUGCCUUCGAAGCAGCACAUUCAGUGCAUUCAGUGGCGGCUCAGCGGGUGACGACGGGGCCGGCGCAGAACUCGUCGGAAUUCACGCCGCCUGGCGCCGUCAUGCUGGUGGCGAUGCUGGGAUCGCAUCGAUCCGCUACUGGCCUCACCUCGAAUCGCUAAUUCAUUUACGACUCGCGUUUCGUUCAGCGCUUUCUUAUUUGAAUUGA